GGCUACGUGUGAGACGUCACUAGCAGAGCUUUACAGCACGAACCAUAACAAUAACAAGGCAGUAAUAGACUGAGGCUGCUGCAGCUGUUGCUGUGCGAGAGGAUCAGACAGCAGCCAGGCACUAUGUCCCACAGCUCGCAGGAAGAGCCCUUGCAAGGUUCCUGGGUAGAACUUCACUUUAACAACAAUGGUAACAGUGGUACGGCUCAGCUACUGGGUCAGGAGGUCCCUGCGUCCAUCUCUAUUUAUAACGGUGAUAUGGAGAAGAUCUUGUUAGAUGCGCAACACGAGUCUGGAAGAAGUAGUUCUAGAGAAAGUUCUCACUGUGACAGUCCACCUCGCUCUCAAACUCCCCAGAGUAUUCAGAGAUCUUGUGAAAGUGAUACACAGGGCAUCAAAGAAAAAAGCAGCUCACAGUCUGAAGAAGAUUACAUUGAACGGAGGAAAGAGCUAGAGAAUUUAUUGAAGAAGAAUUCAGACUGGAUAUGGGACUGGUCAAGCAGGCCUGAGAACAUCCCUCCAAAGGAAUUUCUUUUUAAGCAUCCAAAGCGUAGCUCUGCCCUUAGCAUGAGAAACACAAGUGUCAUGAAGAAGGGGGGGAUUUUUUCAGCAGAGUUUUUAAAGGUUUUUCUGCCCUCCCUGCUUCUGUCUCACCUGCUUGCUAUUGGCUUGGGGGUUUAUAUUGGAAGACGCCUGACAACUUCUACAAGCACAUUUUAAGAAGUGAAAAACCUCUGUGCCAGAAAAAGUGAAAAAUCUGCUGGACCUUGAUUAGAUAUUAAUUUGCUCUGUAAAUGUAACUAGAAUAGAUAAUGUGUCCUUACAGCUGCAAUUACUGUCUAAGAUGUGCGCAACAUUUUAAGCAAGUGCAUGGUUAAUAGAUUUUCGUAUGCUGUGAAAUGUAAUGUUACUGAUUGCUGUAGACUUUCGGGUUUCCAGUACAAAAGUGUGAUCUGCACUAUAGCCAGUAUAAAUGUCAUCAUCUUCAUGGGAAAGAACUCUGCGCCGUCUUGUGCUGUUAAGGUUUGUGAAAAUGAGAUUAUACUGAAUGUUUCCAUAGUGGAGUUACCGGUAUGUUAAAAUAUAUUUAUCAUACAUUGUCUGUAUUGUAUAGAAAUCUUAAACUGGACAGCAAACAGCCCUUUGGAAAUCAACAUUGUUGGCAAAUUCUAAAUAUGGGGAUUUUUGAAUGAUGUAAAAAUAACGUUAUUUUUUUAAAAUUUCUGUCCCUACCUAAGUUUGGGUUUAAACCAGCCCCCUCUGAGCAAAGGGGUUAAAGGGACAGUCUACUUCAGAAUUUGUAUUGUUUAAAAGGAUAGAUAAUCCCUUUAUUACCCAUUCCCCAGUUUUGCAUAAACAACACAGUUAUAUUAAUACAGGUGGCCCUCGUUUUACAACGGUUCAAUUUACACCGUUUCAGAAUAACAACCUUUUUUUCCAGUCAUGUGACUGCUAUUGAAAAGCAUUGAGAAGCAGUGCAUUUAUUAAAAUAGACAGUAGGUGGAGCUGUCUGCUUGUGUUGCAGCAAAGCCAAGCAAGCUGAAAUUAAUCAGUUUAACCAGACCUCAGCUAUCGAGCAGAUUUCAAAGGAAAAAGAUCUUCCUGUCUAUAAAUCAGUACAGAUUGGAAUGCAUAGAAAGAACUGUCUGCAGAAAAAUGCAAGUGAAGUCUGUGUUGUGUGAUUAUUUUAUUAGUUUUAUAAUGCUGUUUAGCAAAUGUUUUUGUUCAUGUAUCUUAGUUUAAUUAUAUAUUCUGUGUUGUGUGAUUAUUUUAUUAGGUUUAUAAUGCUGUUUAGCAUUUAAAGUCUUCAUUUCAAAGCUUUAAAAAUAAUGUAUUAGGUGUUACUUAUGACAAUUUUGAGAGGGGCCUGGAACCUAUCUCCCUCACUUCCCAUUGACUUUCAUUGUAAACUGGGUUUCAAUUUACAACCAUUCCUUCUGAAACCUAACCCCGGCGUAAACUGAGGGCUACCUGUAUACUUUUUACCUCUGUAAUAACCUUGUAUCUAAGCCUUAUUUCAGUUCUUUUGACAGGCUUGCACUUUAGCCAAUCAGUGUCCUCUCAUAAGUAACUCCACGGGCAUGAACACAAUGUUAUCUUUAUGGCACACAUGAACUAAUGCCCUCUAGCUGUGAAAAACUCUCAAGUGCAUUGAGAUAAGAGGUGGCCUUCAAUGGCUUAGAAAUUAGCAUGAGCCUACCUAGAUUUAGCUUUCAACUAAGAAUACCAAGAAACAAAGCAAAUUUGAUGAUAAAAGUGACUUGGAAAGUUCUUUAAAAUUGCAUGUCCUAUCUGAAUCAUGAACAUUUCAUUUUGAUUAGACUGUCCUUUUAAAGGAAAUUAGUAUUAUUUGUUGAAGGAGAAGCAAUGCACUAGUUUUUUUUAACUGAACAUAGUGGGUGAGCCAAUAACAAUCGGGGUGUGUGUAUAUAUAUAUAUAUAUAUAUAUAUAUAUAUAUAUAUAUAUAUAUAUAUAUAUAUAUAUAUAUAUAUAUAUAUAUAUAUAUAUAUAUAUAUAUAUAUAUAUAUACACAACAACCAAACAGCAGCUAGAACCUACGUUCUUUGCUGCUCCUAAACUUUCAGAGAUAAACCUUAUAGCAAACGAUAACAAAAGUAGGAAGCAAAUUAAAUAAUAGAUUUAGACAGAACAUACAAUUUUUAACAACUUUACAAUUUACUUCUAAGUAUGACUUUAAUGUUCCUUUUAAACAUGUAGGUGAUUGGUGGCUAUGUGCAACUACCACUGCUGGAAGCCAAUCAGGAGCAACAGUUAAAUUUGUCGACCAAUCACUGGCCAUGUCCUACUCGUGAGUGACAGUUGUUCAAGCUGUUGACUGACAGUUAAACACAUAGCUAGGGUCAUAAAUACAGAAAUUACAAUUAAGUUUUACUCUAGAAUGUCUUUCUUGCAUCCAAACAAGUGUCUUUAAUUUAUUUAGUUUUUUUAAAAACUAAUGUUCUUAUGCUAAAUAAAACCAUCUGUUUUAUGCACUUGUAAGCUUGUUCCCUGUUCAUCACCAAAAUGAUUCUUUCAGCUAGUGGGCAGUUGAUAUUUGAGUAUCAGCUGUGUACAAAUAAACAUUUCAUAUUAUUGUAAUAUCAAUUUAAACAUCUUAAACCUAAAUGGACAUAUGUUCAUGCUCAAAACUGGCAGAAUGAAACGUAAGUUUUAAAAAUGUCUCCACUAUUAUCACACUGGGGGCAAUGGAUACAGUGAAAAAUGAGUGCUCAUUUUUCAAGAAAACUAGUAAAUUGUUUGCUGUUUUUUUACACAUUUUUUUAUGUUUAGUUUUAUUUAACAUGUUUGUUUUUACCAAAGGAGCACUGUUUAAUAUCCCUUUAAAUGCCUCUGUCUUUUUCCUUGUACACACAUCUCCUCUGCACCCAGAGUUCAUAAUUGCACUCCCAAAACUCAGUAUUGCGUUAAUGGCAGUCGAAAGCAAUGGUGUCUUUGUUUGCUUUUAAAUGCCAUUCGAUUUUUAAUGCAAAAUAAAAAAAAUCACAUCUUUAA